AUGACGGGCGAUUUCCGCACUGAAGCUAAAGAGCUUGACCAAUGGAUAGAACAGCUUUAUGAGUGUAAUCAGCUGACAGAGGCCCAAGUUAAGUCUCUGUGUGAGAAAGCAAAAGAUAUUCUCACUAAAGAGUCGAACGUACAAAAUGUCAGAAGUCCGGUAACUGUGUGCGGUGAUGUGCAUGGACAGUUUCAUGACAUGAUGGAGCUAUUUCGUAUUGGUGGAAAAUCACCAAAUACCAACUACUUAUUCAUGGGUGACUAUGUAGAUCGUGGUUAUUAUUCCGUUGAAACUGUCACCUUACUCGUUGCUAUGAAGGUGAGGUUUAAAGACAGAAUAACAAUUCUACGUGGUAACCAUGAAAGUCGUCAAAUCACGCAAGUUUACGGAUUUUACGAUGAAUGUCUACGUAAAUAUGGUAACGCUAAUGUGUGGAAGUAUUUUACUGAUCUGUUCGACUAUCUCCCUCUCACCGCUCUUGUUGAUAAUUCAAUAUUUUGUCUUCAUGGUGGUUUGUCACCGUCAAUAGAUACACUUGACCACAUCAGAGCUUUGGAUAGAAUUCAGGAAGUUCCUCAUGAGGGUCCAAUGUGUGAUCUGUUAUGGUCUGAUCCAGAUGAUCGAGGUGGAUGGGGUAUCAGUCCACGAGGUGCUGGUUAUACCUUUGGACAAGAUAUUUCAGAGACAUUUAAUCAUAGCAAUAAUUUGACACUGGUUAGUCGAGCGCAUCAGCUAGUUAUGGAAGGCUUUAAUUGGUGUCAUGAGCGAAAUGUUGUCACUAUUUUCAGUGCUCCAAACUAUUGUUAUCGAUGUGGUAAUCAAGCAGCUUUAAUGGAGCUUGAUGAUAACUUGAAGUACAACUUUUUGCAGUUUGAUCCUGCUCCACGUCGUGGUGAACCGCAUGUAUCAAGGCGUACACCGGAUUACUUCUUAUAAAAAUCCAUCAUCAAUUGUUAUGUCCCGCUGAAUUGAUUUUGUGAGGUUUCUCUUCUUUUCCACAAUCUCUGUCUAUCUAUCUAUGCAUCCAUCCAUCCAACCAAACAGCAACCGCAACAACACCACCACCACCAACCAACCAACCAACAAAUAAAAACAAGGAACAACAACAGCCAAAUACACAAAAUCAUGAUUUCUCCGGUUGAUAUUCUAUUUCUAUUCUAUAUAUAUUCUAUUUGAAUUGUUGUAUGCAUAUGAAUAAUAUUACUAAUGAUAUUAUAAUACUAAUGCAAAAAAGCUUUCGUUUCAAUAACUCUGUUUCUGUUCUCUUUUUGUGUGUGUGUGUGUGUAUCCUCCUCUCUGCAACCCCCCCCCCCCGCCCUCUCUCUUCCGCCUGCACACUCCGUUCUCAUCUGAUUGACUAAAAUAUGGAUAUUCAACGAUACGUAUAGUUUGCCUUAUUUUAUUAUUAGCCUUUAUUUUCUGUCUAAGUGAUGUGUGAAGCAAGCAGUUGUGCUGUUGUUGUGGGGUCCAUCAUCACCACCACCAACAUAGUCGUCGCCCGAACACCUCGAUUGACUGACUCUCGUCUACUGGCUGUUUUGCAUUGAGGCUCUCUCUCUCUGUACUCAUUGUGAAGUACAACACAAAAGGAAGUUGUGAAUGAAACAUUAUACUGUGGUGUGCUACAAACACAUUU